UGCUUGGCUUACAUUUGCUGCUCGCUCUCGUGGCUGGGUGGCCGGCUGCCGGAGAGGCGCCUGCGCAUGCACGUGGAGGCCAGCUGAAACCCACCCACCCAUACCAUCUCCCUCCUUCAUUCUUGGCUUGCUUGGUGCCCUGGGUGGGUACCAUGGAUAACGAGCAGCUGCAAGCCCCUCCUCCUUCCAGCGGCGCUGGCGCCAUGACCACCACAACCACCACCACCAGCAACGGGCGCCAGGCUGGACCCCAGAUCUCCGUGUACAGUGGCAUCCCCGAUCGCCAGACUGUCCAGGUGAUCCAGCAGGCCUUACACCGGCAGCCCAACACGGCAGCCCAGUACCUCCAGCAAAUGUAUGCCGCCCAGCAGCAGCACCUAAUGCUCCAGACAGCCGCACUCCAGCAGCAGCACCUCAGCAGCUCCCAACUUCAGAGCUUGGCGGCUGUCCAGCAGGCCAGCCUGGUGGCCAACCGGCAGAACGGCUCCUCCAGCAGCAAUGGCUCCGCACAGACUCCACCUCAGCAGCCCACGAUAAACCUGGCCACGUCACCUGCUGCUGCCCAGCUCAUCAACCGGGCUCAGAGCGUGAACUCAGCCGCCGCCGCCUCUGGCAUCGCCCAGCAAGCUGUCCUGCUGGGCAACACCAGCAACCCAGCCCUCACUGCCAGCCAGGCCCAGAUGUACCUGCGUGCCCAGAUGGCUCAGCAGAGUAACCUUGUGCAAGUAGCUAGGAGCCUAGGCCGUGCUGUUCCUUUGUCCCCGCAGCUCAUCUUCACGCCCACCGCCACGGUCGCUGCGGUGCAGCCAGAGGGCGCCACCCCCACCACCCAGCCAUCCACCACCACCGCUCAGGUACAGAACUCAGCUCUACGCACCCAGCAGACGGUGACCCAGGGGCUGACUCCCUCGCCUGGACAGCAACUCCCCACUUUGGCCAUGAAGCCUGCCCCAAACAACAACAGCAACCCUUCUGCUUCCCCGGCCUCUCAGGGCAAGGCUGUGGGGCUGGCCCCUGGCGCCAAGGGGGGCAUACCAGAAAACGCACAGGAACACCUUCGAAAAGGAGAAGGGGGCGGCGGAGGGGGCAGCAAUGGGGCAGCAGGCAGUUUGGAUGGACGGGGGAAUGCUGUGACCCGGACGGCGACGCCUGUCACAACUCACCCGCUCAUUGCCCCAGCCUACUCUCCGCUGCAGGCCCACCAGCUUCUGCAGCAGAAGCCGAUGCAGCACCAGUUUGUGAUCCAGCAGCAGCCGCAGCUCCAGCCCCGGCCUCAACUGCACCUGCCGCAGGUCCAGGCCCUGCCAGCACCAAGCGUCGGCGCGUCCUCCGGCUUGCAGGCCCAAGCCCAUUCGCAAAGCCAGCCACUGCCCGCCCACCUGCCGCAGUGCCAACACAAGCCCGGCGCCAACCAGGCAUCCCAACAGUCCAUGCAUCCCUCAGGACCCCCCGCAAUGGGGCAGCAGAGGACAGAGGGCAGUCCCCCCAGCCGCCCUGCCGGAUGCCUGAAUCACACAGCCCAGCGCAAAUUCCAGCACGCCUCGGCGGUCAUCCUGCAGCUACAGCCCCCCACGGGGACGCCCCAGGAGAAUUCCAGGAAAGAAGCCGUCUCUGGCGAGAAGUCCUCAGCAGAGGCCCAGUCAACACAGCCACCUCACCUGCUCCAAACCACCUCGACGCCGCCAUCGGCUCCUUCCGAAGCGCAAGCCUCUGACUGCACCGGAUCUCCAUCCAAUGAGGCUGGACGGGACCGUGUUCACACGCCACCGGACACCAGCAGCCCCGGCAUGACAUCGGGGAACGGGAAUUCUGCCUCCACCGUCGCCGGCACUGCCCCCCAGAACAGUGAGAAUAAGCCGCCCCAAGCGGUUGUGAAGCCACAGAUCUUGACCCACGUCAUCGAGGGGUUUGUGAUCCAGGAAGGGGCUGAGCCGUUCCCGGUGGGGCGCUCUUCGCUGCUCGUGGGGAACCUCAAGAAGAAAUAUGCCCAAGGCCUUCUGGCCGAGAAGCCCCAGCAGCAAGACAACACGACUACCACAGACUCCGAAAUGGAGGAACCCUAUUUGCAAGAAUCCAAAGAGGAGGGGUCACCCCCAAAGCUGAAGUGUGAACUGUGCGGCCGCCUGGACUUUGCAUACAAGUUCAAGCGGUCCAAGCGUUUCUGCUCCAUGGCAUGUGCCAAGAGGUACAAUGUGGGGUGCACGAAACGAGUGGGGCUCUUUCACCCCGACCGCAGCAAGCUUCAGAAACCUAGCACGCCUUCGCAUGGCCGGCGUCGGACCUGCAAGAGUGCCCUUCCCCCUCUCAGUAAAGAAAACAAGAAGCAGGCACCAGCAUCACUGACGCCCAGCUCUGGGCCCAUUUCUGUCACUGGGUCACUGCAGCUCAGCCACACCCAAGAGGACUCCAGCCGCUGCUCGGACAACUCGAGCUACGAAGAGCCCCUCUCCCCUCUCUCGGCUAGCUCGUCUGCCUCUCGCCGGCGUCAGGGUGAGCGGGACAUAGAAUUGCCCGACAUGCACGUCCGGGACCUAGUAGGCAUUGGGCAUCAUUUCCUGCCCAGCGAGCCCACCAAGUGGAACGUGGAAGAUGUCUACGAGUUCAUCCGCUCCUUGCCGGGUUGCCAAGAGAUCGCCGAGGAAUUCCGCGCGCAAGAGAUUGAUGGGCAAGCGCUACUUCUGCUCAAGGAGGACCACCUCAUGAGCGCGAUGAACAUCAAGCUGGGCCCCGCCCUCAAAAUCUACGCUCGCAUCUGCAUGCUGAAGGACUCCUAGAAGCACCCAGCCUGCCGUGCCUUCCUUACAGGGAUGCUUUUUUGUAGGGUGUUUUUUGUUUUUGGAGAUCAGACGGACUUUGACUGGUCUGGGUCUCUUUCCCCCCUUUCUGCACCGUAACUUGAGCACAAGGGUUCCUGUUGAUGGGAGGGGAGAGAGAGGAACCUCUGCAUUUAUUUUGGUUGAGUGUCUGGAAGAUGGGGCUGUACAUAAUACGUAGCUUUAGCUUCCCUUUCUGCCUGCCUCCCCCCCGCCCCCAAAUUUGGUGGCAAAUUGGGAACAGCCUGUGGUUGUAGGUGUGGUGGGGGGAGAAGAGAUCUCCUCUUUCACACUGGUUGCUGCGUCCCCUGUUCCCAGAUGGCACCUAUACCCUCCCUUGGAUUGGACAAAACCCUACUUGAACCUCAAAGCCAAACAGGAGAGUUGCCUUAAAUUUGUUAGGGAUGUGUGUGUUAAGUGUGGUUGUGUUGCCACAUAGUGCCCUCUCCCAUCUUUUCCCCUUCCCUCUGCAGCUCGUUCGGUUUCUAGUCUCCAGCCAAUAUUCCGCAGCAGCCGAAAGGGGUGCGCGUUUGUGUGUAUGUGGUGGGGGAGUAUCAUUCCGUCAGGCCCGUGCUUCCCACUUGGAACGUCCUCCCCUUCCACGUGUUUGGCAUUGUGGCUGCAGACACGAGAGGGGCUUGCUGUCCCUCCUUUCUCAUUGCCGUUUGGAGAGAGGAUGUUGCCAGCGAUGAACUGCGUGGACCGGCGUGGCUGUUCUGGGAUUUCUUCAUGGCUGCAGGUCUUCCUAAGAGGUUCCUCCUUGGCCAGCCUGGAUUGGGGAGGGGGGGGGGACAGUUCUUCAGCUGCCUUAAAGACACUUCAGCGCCUGGCACAAAUGUCAACAUCUGUACUGAGACGGGCAGGAGGAGCGGGUUCUCUCUCUGGAAGAUGGGGCUGGCCUCGAGUGGAAUGGCUCUCCAUGGGUGAUUGAUUGUGGGAAGAGAUGGGGAAGAAGGGGACAGCAGCUGAGCUGCUUGCCCCCCCACGAUGGCUUGUAUGGGGGGAGUGUGGUGGUCCCUUCCUCCCCCAUCCCUUGGUGCUGGCCACUCACUGCAGCCUUUAGAGCUGAAAACGAAGGACUUUCUACUCCCCCACCUUGUUGGUUUUUAAU